AUGGGUUCUCAACCAGAUGUGCAGAACCAGGUUGGAGUUUCCUCUCGUGGCGUGGCCCUCAAAUCCAGUCAGAGCGUGGCCAGUGACCCCCAUAAUAUCCAUGCCACUGUUGCACCCAUGGCUGUAUCUUGCCAGGGAGGAGCCUAUGCCCGGGGCACAGCUCUCAGGGGUGGCUGUGAUGCAGAACUUGUUGUCUUCCUCAACUGCUUCAGGAGCUUUGGGGACCAGAAGACCAGAUGCACAGAGACCCUGGGUGCCAUGCGGGCGUUGCUGGAGUCCUGGGGACACCACCCUGGGCCUGGACUGACCUUUCAGUUUUCUGAGCCAAAGGCGACUGGCGUCUUGCAGUUCUGGCUGAUGUCAGCAGAUCAGGAAAACUGGAUGGAUGUUAGCCUGGUGCCUGCCUUUGAUGUGCUGGGACAGCCCCGCUCUGGAGUCAAGCCCACACCUGAGGUAUACUCCUCCCUCCUCAGCAGUGGCUGCCGGGAUGGGGAGCACGCAGCCUGCUUCACAGAACUCCGAAGGGACUUUGUGAACACUCGUCCAAUCAAGCUUAAGAACUUAAUCCUGCUGGUCAAACACUGGUACCGCCAGGUGAGGCCGCUUGGCUGGGCAGCAGGUGCUGCUCUGCCCCCAGCCUAUGCCCUGGAGCUCCUGACAAUCUUUGCCUGGGAGCAAGGCUGUGGGAAACCGGGGUUCAGCAUGGCUGAAGGCCUGCGGACUGUCCUGAGGCUGGUCCAGCAGUAUCGGUCACUCUGUGUCUACUGGAUAGUCAACUACAGCAUACAGGACCCGGCCCUCAGAGCGCAUCUUCUCAGCCAGCUUCAGAAAGCCAGGCCUCUAAUCCUGGACCCUGUGGACCCCACCUGGAACGUGGGCCAGGGCAGCUGGGAACUGUUAGCUCGGGAGGCAGCAGCUCUGGAGUCACAAGUUUGCCUUCAGAGUGGAGAUGGGACUCCUGUGCCACCCUGGGAUGUGAUGCCAGCCCUUCUUCACCAGACCCCAGCUGGGGACCUGGACAUCAGCAAAUUCCUCUACCGCCUCGUGGGCUCCAGUGAUGUCCAUGUCUACAGCAACGGAACAAGGUGGCUGAUUCAGCUGGAGAGCGGUGGCGGUUCUUCUGCCAAAGGCACAGCUCUACAAGGGCGCUCGGAUGCCGACCUUGUGGUGUUCCUCAGCUGCUUCCGCCAGUUCUCUGAACAAGGCAGCCACCUGGCAGGGGUCAUCUCAGAGUUCCGGGCACAGCUGGAGGCGUGCCAGCAGAAGCAGAAGUUCGAUGUCAAGUUUGAGAUCUCCAACAGGAAGAAUCCCCGAGUGCUCAGCUUCUCCCUGACAUCCCAGACACUGCUGGACCAGAGCGUGGACUUCGACGUGCUGCCAGCCUUUGACGCCCUCGGUCUUCAGAGCCAGCUGUGGUCCCCCUGCCCCCUGCAGCCCUGGUACCUGAAGAAGGCUUUUUGUCUAAUGACCAUUGGAGCCCCCUACCUGAGCGGGCUGAGAGGGCAUCAGAGGGGGUUAGAGACACCACACCCUAGGCUGACUCUCAGUCAAGACUUUCUCUAUGGCCAGCUGAGGCCCGGCUCUAGGCCUGAUCCCCAGGUCUACAAGGACCUAAUCCACAGCUACAGCAACGCAGGCGAGUUCUCUACCUGCUUCACGGAGCUGCAGCGUGACUUCAUUAGCAUCCGUCCCACCAAACUCAAGAGCUUGAUCCGGCUGGUGAAGCACUGGUGA